CGCAUCGCACCAUCGAGCGCUGUGCUCAGCCUCCUCCUCCUUCUCCUGCUGUGUGUGGCGAGAAAACGAUAGAUAUAAAAACAGUCUGCCUAAAACCGCAAAUCGACCUAGCGCAGACUAUUAAAUGUCGACCAAUUCUAUCGUUCUGAAAACGUGAUGGAUUAUAAUGGUUUGCUCCCGGAAGAGCAGGUUCAAAUGCAUAAUCGAGGUAGAUAAGAGACGCGGAUAAAAAAGGGGUAGGGGUAGCACGCGAGCGGAGAGCACUUGCAGAAGACAAAGGUAACUGUGCUGCGAACUAUGUGAUGAAUUAACAGUCCAGAAGAGCAACUGGGAGUGUGGAGGCACAGUUUGGGGGGAAAACUCGAGAGAUUGGCUUUUGAAAUACGAUCAGAGCGACAUGCUUUCUCUGUUUUUCUCAGGGAAAUCCACAAAUGAACUCUCCGCGGUCGGAAAGCAUAAAAACCCUAAUAUGACGAUGCCCCGAAGUGGUAAUGACAGUCAGUCGUUAUGAGAAGCUAAACCUUAAUGCUAGAGACAUAUGUGCUAUUCGUGGAUAGAAGCAGAAAACUAAACACAAAGGAGAGAUUCGUUUCAAAACACAUUACCAGGAAAUGGUGAUGGUUUCACAGGCUAUAUCUUAGAUGUUUGAAGGGACAUGCAUUUGAUUCUUUGCGUUCCAAGUCAGACAUCGAACUCAAGCCACGAACGCUGGCACUGAACUCUACGACGAAACGCACAAACCACUGUAGAGAUUGAGUGGCUUUUCCCACAUUUUUCUCAUGCUAAGUGUGUGUACUUGAAGACUUCACAUGUUGAUGGAAGAGACUGACAUAGAUCUAACGACGCUAUAGUUUCGACGAAAGCACUCAACGGAUUGGCUGUCCAUUCGCUUCAGCACCUCAGCACAGAGCGUUCUGCUAGGCUUCCUUCAGCACCUCAGCACAGAGCGUUCUGCUAGGCUUCCUUCAGCACCUCAGCACAGAGCGUUCUGCUAGGCUUCCUUCAGCACAGAGCAUUCUGCUAAGCUUCCUUCAGCACCUCAGCACAGAGCGUUCUGCUAGGCUUCCUUCAGCACAGAGCAUUCUGCUAGGCUUCCUUCAGCACCUCAGCACAGAGCGUUCUACUAGGCUUCCUUCAGCACCUCAGCACAGAGCGUUCUACUAGGCUUCCUUCAGCACCUCAGCACAGAGCGUUCUACUAGGCUUCCUUCAGCACCUCAGCACAGAGCGUUCUACUAGGCUUCCUUCAGCACUACGGACAGCUACCAAAAUGACACGGCUGCGCAAGAAAGCUUUGAUUGCACUUUUCUUAUUCACCCUCUUCAUCUUCGGGACCAUGAUGGGCCUCAGAACACUGAAACCCAGCGAUGGCUUCUCAGACCUGGCCCCGGGAAUGGGAGAGUUUGUGGGGGAAAGAGGAGGCGACCGGCGACGGCCAGUUUCAAACGACAUGGUAGUUUCCCCUGGUCAGUCCCAUCUAGCCAGCGACACCAAAGUCGUCUUCACAAAAUCCGACCGUGACUACAGUAUAUUCUACGACGUACAAAUCUUCUAUUACCUAUGGUACGGCAACCCACAGAUGGACGGUAAAUAUAUUCACUGGGACCAUGUUCUAGUACCGCACUGGGACCCUAAGAUCGCCGCCAGCCACGCCAAAGGAAGACACACUCCUCCGGAGGACAUAGCGUCGAGUUUCUACCCGGAGCUAGGACCAUACAGUUCCAGAGACCCCACCGUGCUGGAGUCACACAUGUCGCAGAUUGAAGCGGCUGCAGCAGGGGUACUGGUUCUGUCUUGGUACCCGCCUGGCAUUGCAGACAACCAUGGUGAGCCAUGUGAAGACCUGGUGCCUGCUGUCAUGGACGCUGCCCACAGACACAGCAUCAAGGUGGCGUUCCACAUCCAGCCGUACACGGGACGGACUGACCUCAGCAUGCACGAUAACAUCAAAUACAUCAUUGACAAGUACGGGAACCAUGGCGCCUUCUACCGCUUCAGGUCGACCACGGGGCGGAUCCUUCCUCUGUUCUAUGUCUACGACUCCUACCUGACCCCGCCUGAGGCCUGGGCCGACCUGCUCCACCCCGCCGGCGCCCACACCCUCCGCGGCACGCUCUACGACGGCGUCUUCCUCGCCCUGGUCGUAGAGGAACGCCACAAACACGACAUCCUGGCCGGUGGCUUCGACGGCAUGUAUACAUACUUCGCCUCCAACGGCUUCUCCUUCGGCUCCUCUCACCAGAACUGGAAGGCGGUCAAGGACUUCUGUGACGGUAACAACCUGCUGUUUGUGCCCAGCGCCGGGCCGGGAUACGUCGACACCGCAGUGAGGCCAUGGAACAACCACAACACGAGGAAUAGGGUCAACGGACGCUAUUAUGAGACCAGCCUACAGGCUGCGCUGUCGGUGCGGCCGGAGAUCGUGACCAUCACGUCGUUCAACGAGUGGCAUGAGGGGACACAGAUUGAGAAGGCGGUGCCCAGGAAGACGGUGACGCGGCUGUAUCUGGACUACCAGCCCCACCGGUCAGAUCUAUACCUGGAACUCACCAGGAAGUGGGCCGAACACUUCAACAAGGAGAAAGACAAGUGGCUCAUGUAGAGGACAGGAGUCCUGACUGGACUGGGUCGAUGGGAAUAAUACCUUUUGGGUGUGACUGGAGCAAGUAAAACUGAGGAGCUUUUCACACUACUGAGCUGAGCCAAACCAAGCUGUACUGAGCUGUCCUGGUUAGUGGUUACUAUCCACCAUAGUUGCUGGAACCUGCUGAAAAAAAAUGGAAAGAAAAUAGCACAGCCAACACAGUUUGGUUCAGCAUGGUAGUGAGAAAGGGGUAGGAGUGGCCUCAUUGCUGGGUAUUCUGGGUCCUUGUGAUUAUAAACCAUAUUUAUUUUGACAGUGAAGCAAAAAUUUGCCAAUUUGGCCCCAUACUCCAGCAUUUUGGAUUUGAGAUCAAAUGUUUUUCAUAUGAGGUGAGAGUACAACAUGUCACCUUUUAUUUGAGGGUAUUUUCAUACAUAUGUUUUACCGUUUAGAAAUUAAAACCUUAAUGUAUCUAGUCCCCUCCCCAUUCAAAUAUGUUUUUUAUCUUCUCAUAAGUAUUUGGGCAAAUUAACUUAUAGCAUAUUAAAGUAUUCAAAAGUUUAGUAUUUGGUCCCAUUUUCAUAGCACGCAAUGACUACGUCAAGCUUGUGACUCUAUAAACUUGUUGGAUGCAUUUGCAGUUUGUCUUGGUUGUGUUACAGAUUGUUUUGCCCAAUAGAACUGAAUGGUGAAUAAUG